AUGAAGCUGAGCACAGUGACCCCAAACACACUGAAGCUGAAGAGAGUGACUCCGAGCACACUGAAGGUGAGCGGAGUGAAUGAGCACGCUGAAGCUGAGCACGGGGACUUGGAGUACACUGAAGCUAAGCAGGGUGAGGGUCCCCUGCUGAUAGGCAUGGUGAGGAAGGAUUGGGCUUCUCAGAACAGUAUCGCCCUCUCCUGGCAGGAGCCAGAACAGCCCAAUUUGACUGUGUUGGACUAUGAAGUCAAGUACUACGAAAAGGAGCAUGAGCAGCUCACCUACUCCUCGACCCGCACCAAAGUCCCCAGCGUUAUCAUCAUGGGGCUGCGGCCCUCCACCUGCUACAUCUUCCACAUCCGGGCGCGCACCUCCACCGGCUACAGCGGCUACAGCCCCGAGUUCGAGUACGAGACAGGAGACGAGACUUCGGACAUGGAGGCGGAUCAAGGCCAGGUUCUGGUCAUCGUCACGGCAGCGGUGGGCGGCUUCACCUUGCUGGUCAUCUUGACCCUGUUCUUCCUCAUCACAGGACGGUGUCAGUGGUACAUAAAGGCAAAGAUGAAGUCUGAUGAGAAGAGGAGGAGCCCCUAUCAGAACGGGCAUGGUAGGCCUGUCAUGAUUGUGGUCGAGUACAUGGAGAAUGGAUCUUUGGACUCUUUUCUGAGGAAGCACGACGCGCAGUUCACGGUGAUCCAGCUGGUGGGCAUGCUGCGCGGCAUCGCCUCGGGCAUGAAGUACCUCUCCGACAUGGGCUACGUCCACCGGGACCUGGCCGCCCGCAACAUCCUGGUCAACAGCAACCUGGUGUGCAAGGUGUCCGACUUCGGGCUGUCGCGGGUGCUGGAGGACGACCCAGAGGCUGCCUACACCACAACCGGUGGAAAAAUCCCCAUCCGCUGGACCGCCCCCGAGGCCAUCGCCUACAGAAAGUUCUCAUCAGCCAGCGAUGCAUGGAGUUACGGCAUCGUCAUGUGGGAAGUGAUGUCGUAUGGGGAGCGGCCAUACUGGGAAAUGUCCAAUCAGGAUGUCAUCCUAUCCAUUGAGGAGGGCUACCGCCUGCCCGCGCCCAUGGGCUGCCCCCUGGCCCUGCACCAGCUCAUGCUGCAUUGCUGGCAGAAGGAGCGCAGCCACCGGCCCAAAUUCAGCGACGUUGUGGGCUUCCUGGACAAACUCAUCCGCACCCCCAGCAGUCUGCUCACACUGGUGGAGGAUGUCCAGGGUUUACCAGAAUCUCCUGGAGAGGUCCAUGCCUAUCCUCUGUAUAUCUCAAUCGAUGAUUGGCUGGAUUCCAUUAAAAUGAGCCAAUACAAGAACAACUUCCUUGCCGCAGGCUUCGCCACAUUGGAUUCCGUCUCCAGAAUGAGCAUUGAGGACAUCAGGCAGAUCGGCGUGACUCUAAUCGGGCACCAGAGGAGAAUAGUGAGCAGUAUACAGGCGUUAAGGCUGCAGCUGCUUCAUGUCCAGGAAAAGGGGUUUCAUGUAUGAGACUCCCAUCCGGCAGCCCAGGACUGUGCCUCAGUCACCUUGUCACAACCCAUCUCUGUGCUCUCGCUGCAAAGGCCUCUCUUCCCCGUCAAACGACUCUCUGGCUUCCCUUGACUUCCAAUAAACCAAUGCAGUAAUCAACAUUGUUUAGAAGAACAAGUGUCCGUUUUUCUUUUUCCCAGACAAAGGACAGUGUACUACUGACUGUGCUUUUCCAAAAGGAACUGCUGUAAUGACAUUUCUCCACUCAGCAACAAAACUGAUACUUACAGUUGUUUGGUAGAUUCGGGAAUGUGACCUACACUUUUUUUCCAUGUUUUGUGACCAUGUAGCUGCUAUCAGAUGUGAAAUCAAAGGACUGUCCUUGAUAUAUUUAUGAUUUUUAUAAGUAAAUGUUUUAAGGUGUUCUUCUUAAUUUAUUAAACUUCUUCCCAGAAUA